AUGUCGCGGCUGCUGCAGCGCGUCGCAGCUCGUCAACGCUCCACACUACCUACUGCUACACCCAAAAUAUGCGUCCAUCUGCCCAAGGUCGCUGCACGCACACUAGUGUCCACGCCGACGCUGGACGAGUUCCUAUGGCAGAACCUGAGCAGUGAUGACAGCUCAACGGCGUCGACGUCCGCCUGGCCGGCCGAGCAAAUGCGGCAGCGGAUGCUUGCGAUGAAGACGCGGAUGCUGCUGGAACUGAUGAGCCGGCCAAACCCGCAGAUGAACGCGGUGUGGCACGCGUACGAGGACCUGCUGGCGUACGCGGGGGACGACGUCCUUCCCCUAGAAAUCCACCAGCUCGCCCUCCGCAACUCCGUCCUCUCCCCGCACGAGGCCCGGCGCGUGUCAAAAUCUAAAUACCUGACGGUGCACUUCCCCGACGAGCCGUUACCGCUGGAGAACCGGAUGCGGAGCGUGCUGCAGACCAUCAAGGACGGCGGGAUGGUGCCCGCGCUCGAGGACUUUCACUUUGUGCUCAGGAUGUACGCGUCUGUUGGACACUUCGCCGCCGCGGAGAAGAUGCUGGCCGAGGUCGGGGAGUGCGGGCUGAAGCCUGUGCCGGCGACGUACGGAUACGUCCUCCAGGCCUGCGCACACAGGUCGCGCCUGCCCUCCCACGCCAAACACGUCGCCACCCAACAGCUCGUCGAGUGCGUCCGGCGCCUGAUAGCGGUCAUGGCCGAGCGCAACAUCCCGAUGGCGCCCGUCAACGUCGACCUCGCCGCCCGCGUGCUCAGGUACGGCGCCGACGAGGAGGGCUUCGCGCAGCUCGUCAAGUACGCAUACGACUUUGACCUCGCAUUCACCGACCACGCGCCCAUCGACGUCGCCUCCGCUUCCACUUCGACGGCCAUCCCGGCCAGCAUGCCCCGCUCCCGCCUCUCCACCGCCGCGCUCAACAUGAUCAUCGACGAGCUCGGCCGCACGCGCCGAAUAUCGAAGAUGGUCGAGGCGUUCGAGGUGCUGACCAACCCGCUGCCCCAGCCGUCGUCGGCGGAGGUCGCGGGCUGGGACGAGGACGAGGACGGGGGGUACACGCCCAUGACGGCGUCCGCCCCCGCCAGCGCACCGCCCAACACGACCUCUUUCCGUCUGUUGAUCACGCAUGCUGCGAAAGCGGGCCACGUCGCGCUGGCGAGGCAUUAUAUAUUACACGCUAUGCACCUCGAGACGCAAGAGUCCCGACGUAUACGCGCGGCGUUGCGCGUCAGACCGCCCGUGGCGCUCCCGGUUCAGCCGCAGGUCGCGGUACAUGUGCGCAUGCUGUAUCCGUUGCUGCAUGUCGCCGUCCGGAAACACGACGUGGGGCUCUUGCGGUUCGUGCGGAGCGCGGCGCUGAGGAGCAUCAGGUCGAAAUGGGGCGAUAUCGACGUGUUGACGGAGUGGAGGGCCGCCGUCGAAGCGCAGGAGGCCGCCGACAGGCUCGCUCCUCCGCCGCCGCCGCCUGCCGUGGAAGAAGCGGCAACGUUCCCGUUCGAGAAGAACGAGAGCGUCGCGGAGGAUGCGGACGUGUUCGCGCCGCUCCCGACGCCGCCCCGACUAUCAACAUUCUUCACUCCGUCGUCCAGCACGCCCUCUCUCCGCCCCAAACCGGACCAUAUAACGGCAUACGAGCCCGCCGACCGCAAACCGCUCAACUACGCGCUCCACAUGCUUCUCCUCCAGACCGAACGUUCACGCCUGGACGAGCUCGUCGUCCUCACGUCCAAACUCUACGCCCGAGCGCAGUUGAGGAUCAAAGAGAGGUUGGGGAGGAGAGUGUGGCGCGAUCAGGACGUGUAUGUGCGGAGCGUGGGCGAUCGGGUGCGGGUGGAUAAGAACUAUUGGAGGGGGAGCGUGCGCUUCUGGGGGAGGGAGGAGGAGGAGAGUAAGGCGGUGCAUGGGCAGAGGAGGUUCGGGAAGGAGGGCGUUUGGAAGCCUAGAGAGCGGUGGCCGGAGUUUGAGGAUCCGGAUGCGUUGCCCAAGUUGCGCCGUCGUAGGGACUAG